AGUUGGAUGGUUUUCUGUGUCUGGCUGUCUCUCUCCGCCGCAGCUGCUUCCGGGUGUCUCGCGCUGUGUUCUGCUCUAAACGCGGAAAUAAAGUUGAGUGUGGCGGCCAGAUGUCCUGAAGACGAUCAAAAAUAACCUAUUAUAUAUAUAUAUAAUAAGCUAUUAUUGACCGUGUAGCGGGGUGACGUCACACACCGGACCCGGGUCGCAGGUGGAGGUGGGCUGUAGACUUCAGAUCAGCAAGAUCCUGGAACUCCUGAACCUGCAAUGGCUGAACUUGACUAGAACCACCAGGACUAACAGAGACUCACAGAGACAUCAGAGACUCUCAGAGACUAUCAGAAUCGCACAGAGACACUCUGUGACUCUCAGAGACAUCAGAGACUAACAGAGACCCACAGAGACAUCAGAGACUCUCAGGAACGCACAGAGACUCUCAGACUCUCAGUGACUCUCAGUGAAUCUCUGUGACCCACAGAGACCCUCAGAGACUCACAGAGACUCACAGAGACUCACAGAGACUCUCAGAGACAUCAGAGACCAACAGAGACCCACAGAGACUCACAGAGACCCACAGAGACAUCAGAGACUCUCAGAAACUCACAGAGACUCUCAGAGACUCUCGGAGACCCACAGAGACUCUCAGAGACACUCAGAGACUAACACAGACCCACAGAGACACUCUCAGAGACUUUCCGAGACAUCAGAGACUGCAAUGCAGAUGUAUGCGAUGAACAUUAAACCUGUGACUGUUAUCCUGCUGGUCCUGCUGCUGGUGGGAUUCUACUACUACUACUACUACUACUACUACUUGUCCCAGUACAGAUUCAACGUUCCACCAUGUCCUACCAGCUGUUCGACUUCUGAACCAAAGGACAGAGUUCCUGAUGAUGUCAUCCCUACUGAUUACGUGUUCCACCUGAAAACUCCUGACCAGAGCCUGGCGGACACUGCACAUCUGCAGUACAGCCAGCCGAGCAUCGUAAAGGGCCGUACGGACGUGGUGGCCGUGACGCCCUGGCUGGCUCCGAUUGUCUGGGAGGGAACCUUUAACCCAGUUCUCCUCGACAGCAUCUACAAGCAAAAGAAAAUCAACAUCGCAGUCACCGUGUUUGCUGUCGGAAAGUACAUCAUGUUCCUGAAGAACUUCCUGGAGACAGCAGAGAAGCACUUCUUUGUCGGCUUCAACGUGCACGUUUACGUGUUCACCGACCGUCCGAAGGAGGUGCCCAAAGUCAACAUGGCCCCCGGCAGACAGCUGACGGUGUGUUCAGUGCCCAGCUCGAAUCGUUGGCAGGAGAUCUCCGCCCGAAGGAUGGAGCUCAUCCAGAAGCUGAUAGAAGAGCAGCUCCGUAAACAUAGCAACUACAUCUUCUGUCUGGACGUGGACUCGCAGUUCCACAGCCGCUGGGGGACCGAGUCGCUGGGCGGACUGGUCGCCGUCAUACACCCAGGUUACUACCUGGAUGAUCGCGGCAAGUUCCCGUACGAGCGUCGGCCGGAGUCCAGAGCCUAUGUGGCUCACGGCGAGGGCGACUUCUACUACUGCGGGGGGGCGUUCGGAGGCCUCCUGCAGGAAGUUUUCCUGCUCGCCAAUACCUGCCGCUCCAACUUCGAGGAGGAUGCCAAGAACGCCAUCGAGGCCGCCUGGCAGGAAGAGAGUCACCUCAACAGGUACAUGUGGAUCAACAAACCCAGCAAGGUUUUGUCUCCGGAGUAUCUUUGGCAGGACUUCAAACCCAGAAACCCUGAAGUUAAAACCAUCAGAUUCUCUGGAGUUAUCAAGAACUACGCUGAUAUCCGACCCAACGUCUGAGAGGUGGCCCAAACCAAACUGAACCAGACUAAACCGGACCGAACCGACUGACACUGGCUGUGUGACUUCAUUCUCCUUUAUCUUUGCAAAGCAACCCCAGAGUUUUCAAACCAAAAAGAGGCAGCAGUGUUUCCAAAUGUGGGCAGCAGUGUCGACACCAGGGGUAAACCUUGGUCCCAACCUGGACUCUGUUUUCCAACAUGUUUCUGGGUCUAAGUGACUGAUGGGAACAAUUAUCUCUCUUUGGUUCAGUGCUCGACACAGACACUAAUCCUUAGCUGCAGCCGCAGAAUGAAGUCCCACUCCCUCUUGUGUGUGUGUGUGUGUGUGUGUGUGUGUGUGUGUGUGUUGUAAUCUCAUCUUCUCUGUUCCUUGGUUUGAUGGCCGGUCCGGCCGCUCAUUCCUGAGUUUAUAAAGAGACUUGUGACAUGUAGGGCUGGGUAUCACUCAAAAACUUUAGAUAUCCGUACCAAUACCAAUACUGUUACUCUGCUACCAAUACCUUUUUUGAUUCCAUUUUUAUAAAACAGAAAUGACAACACAACUUCUUGCUUGGACAAGACGGUCUCUUUCGUCAGCGAUAUUGCGUGUUGAUCCUUCAUUGCUAACGGUCAGCAUUUAAGUAUGGCUGUCUCGACAGCUGCAAUCACCUCAGUUUCACAGUUCAUUAAUAUUAAACAUGUCACGUGUUGAAACUGCACCAAAACUGCGAUACUGGGUGGCCAGCAACGCGCCCGCUAAGUGUGAAGUAAACCGGAUGAACAGAAGUUUGAAAGAAACAAACACAGAGCACCCUCUCUCUGAGAAUCUCUUUUAUAUCCAAGAUAAACUGGUUUUGUAACUGAAGUUCCCCUAACCUAACUGACAUCCAGUCAGAAAUGUCCUAAAGUUCCCCUAACCUGACUGAUAUCCAAUCAGAAACCUACUAAAAAGGAACCAUGGUGAAUCAGAAUUGAUUUAGGAAACCAUUGGCGAUACCCAGCCCUAGUUUUAAAAGCCAGAGUUCAGUUUGAAGCUUCCAGCUUUUCCUCCACUUUUGAGAACAUGUUAGAGAAGCGUAUUUUACUUGAUAUUUUGGAUAGCUAGCGUUAGCUGGAUAGGUAGCAUGCUAGUUAUUAUGGUACGUAGGAUUUAAAGGUGAUUUCAUUUUUGUCUCAAAUGGUAGGCAUCUCUCCUUGAUCCGCUAGCUGCCUGCCCCCUGAACACACUGUCAAAAAGCCCGGUCUCUGGAGACAACACAGGGGUCGUAAACCUCAAACAAACACUAGGGGCACAGGCUGUGCACCAAAAUACAACAAACCACGUUCCAGACAAUCACCGACAAUAUGGUAGGGGGAGGGGGUGGGGGUUAGUGACAGUUAGUCAUGACAGUUACGGAAACAUGGGGGGAGGGACAAACCUGCUCUGUUUUGUUUGAAAUUUACUUGGAAUGUCAACAGAAGUGAUUUCAUGCAGGAACUCAUAGUGCAGUUAUUUGGCACAUUGAAGAAAUGGCUCCUUACGAAGGUGAAUAUUUUAAGUCUUUCCUGUAAAAAUCAAAUGCAUCCGCUUAUUUGCCUCGUGUACGUAACACGUCAUGGCGUUGUUUACCUCCCAUCAGAACUACUACGACCACUAGAGGGCGCCACCACUACAAACCUAAAUAUAGGUCAGAACUACUACGACCACUAGAGGGUGCCGCCACUGAUGCUGGGACAAAUGGGUUGGGGGCGGGGGGGGGACUCAGACUCAACUCUGCUUAUUUAGACACUCCUCUCCAGGUACAUAAAGUUUCAGGUUAGGCUGUUUCCCUUGUUUCCAGUCUUUAUGCUAAGCUAAGUAGCUGCUAACUGUAUCUUCAUAUGUACUGUACAGAAAGAAAACAAAGAUGUUUAUCCCCUAACUUUUAAACGUUCCCUUUUAAUUACUGUGAAGAUGUUGGGUGAACUCUGCAGGACUCUUGUUGUUUUUGUCUAUAAUUUGUCCAACAUGAUAGUAAUUCUUAAUUUAAGGGCUGUCUGUCUUUCUCUCAGGUGUUUGUGUUCCAAUAAUUAAAUAAAAUAAUCCUUGGUUUCAGAAAUAAA